AUUAUCAGCACGACAGCAUCCAUUCACCAGCACCAUUACCACAGGCCGAUGAGUUACCAGGCGCGGCCCAGCGCAAUCCCACGACGCGAGUAGCGCGGUCCCAGAAGCGGCACACUGGCAAAUCCAAUCGGUCUGCCGCACGUCGAUUAUUCCAGCAGGUCUGCGAAGCGCCAAUUGCCAGUCGACGUCGCACACGCGCUGCUGUGCGCCGACUCGCCCCCGCUCCCGUUUGUCCGCCUCACGCCUGAUUCAACUCUCAUCAUUCACGCAAUCGCAAUUUGGUCUGAACAGUUCGGCAACACCACUGAAGAUCCUCGCGUGCCAUGGCGCCUCGACGGAGCGCGGCCGCUGAGGCUGAGGAGCCGGACUCGCAGACCGGGAUGGCGCAGCUGCAGUUCAACGAGCCACUGACAUGGCGACCUGGAAAGCCGAUUCCCAUCGACACGCUCCUAAAGAGGCUCGAUCGUUUGGCCAAGGAGCUGGCGGACUUGGAUCAGGAAAACACCGACCAGAGCUCGCUCACCAAGGUCGCCAAGGAUGUCGCAUCACACCAGCUCUUGAAUCACAAGGACAAGGGGGUGAGGGCAUAUACGGCCUGCUGUGUCGUCGAUAUCCUCAGACUUUGCGCCCCUGACGCGCCCUUUACCCCGUCCCAGCUGAAGGAUUUCUUCAAUCUUACUGUCACCUCUAUCAUCCCCUCCCUCUUCGACCCUUCCAACCCCUACAACAACCAGCACGUAUAUUUGCUGCGCUCUCUGGCCGAGAUCAAGAGUAUUGUGUUACUGAACGACGUGGACGGGAGUGAGAACCUCCUGCUCCACCUCUUCUCUACCAUCUUUGAUGGCGUGUCAGGGUCAAAGUCGGCGUCCGGAGAGCAGGUUUCGAGGGAUGUGGAGCAUAACAUGCAAGAGUUGUUGGCUUUGCUUGUAGACGACGCGGCCAGUCUCCCCGCAAAGGUGGUGGAUGUCAUGAUGGCCCAAUUUCUCCGAGCUGCCCCUCCUGGCAGUGGUAGGGAGAGACACAACCACGUCCAGAUCGACGAUAAUCAGGCCACGCUCCUGGCCAAGGAGGAACCGGAGGCGUACCAGAUGGUGAAGCAGCUGUGCCACGAGCAACCCGAUAAGAUGGCCCGGUGCGUCAGCCAGUAUUUCAGCGACGUUAUUGUGGACGCAACGAGCUUUGCCGGGAGGUCUGGCGUCCAUGGGGAUGGAGACGACGUCGAGGAAGGCCCCGCUGGCCCGUCCGAGUCAGAUCUGAGGGAGUUGAGGAAAGCACACACGCUUAUCCGGGAGAUCUGGAAGGCGGCGCCCGAGAUUCUCCAGAAUGUUGUCCCUCAAAUUGACGCUGAGCUCUCUGCCGACAACACGCACCUGCGCCAGCUUGCGACGGAGACGCUGGGUGACAUGAUAUCAGGUAUUGGUGCAGCCGGACCACCGCCUCCCCCGACGCUGGACCCGGCUGCCUAUCCGCCCCUCAUGUUGGAUGAAGACGAUAAAGCCGAGGCUCCCGCCGAAAACGUCCUCACGACGCCGCUCUCCGCCAUCUCCUUUUCACAAGCACACAACUUGACCUUCCACAACUUCCUCAGCAGGAAGAAUGACAAAUCCCCAGCCAUCCGUGCUGCCUGGACGACCACCGUUGGUUACAUUGUUGCAACGUCGGCUGGCUGGAUCGGGCUCGGGCGCGAAGAUGAGACGGCAUUGAUUCAGGGCAUCGGCGAAAAGCUCUCAGACAGUGAUGAGAAGGUCAGGCUAGCUGCAGUCAAGGCCAUCGAGUGCUUCAGCUUCCGGGACGUUAUCAUGAAGCUCGGGGCCAACGGAGGUGUCGCUAAGGAGGGCUCCGUUUUGUCCACUCUCGCCGACCGCUGCCGUGACAGGAAGCCGGCUGUGAGAGUUGCCGCCAUGUCCCUUCUGGGCAAGCUCUGGGGCGUCGCAACCGGAGAGCUGCUCGCCAAGAACGAAGCAGUCACGGCAGCUCUCGGGGCUGUCCCGAGCCGCAUCUACAAUGCCUUCUACGCAAAUGAUCUCGAGCUCAACGUCCUGCUCGACCGCGUCAUCUACGAAUGCCUCGUGCCACUCUCGUAUCCGCCGCAAAAGAAGAGUCCCAAGAAUGCCGCUUCCAACGGGAAUUCACAAUCGCAAAGCUUAGGUACGCCGGCUCCUGACCCAGACGCGGUACGGGCGGAGAGGAUACUACUACUGGUACGCUCUCUCGACAACCCGGGCAAGAAAGCCUUCUUUGCCAUGCAAGCAAGGCAGCCACAGUUCGCCCAUGUCCUUCAGUCGUACAUAAAGCAAUGCGACCUGUUCAACGGAGGCGUCAUCGAUGGGGAUGCCACCAAAACGACUGCCAAUCUCAACAAGACAAUUCAGUACAUCGCCCAGUUUCUCCCCGACGACGCCAAAACCAAGCAGGAUCUGUAUAGGUUUGCCAAGAUCAACGAUCGCCGCAACUACAACCUGAUCAAAUACGUCGUUGGCCAAGAGCAUGACUUCAAGACAGUUCACAAUGCGCUCAAGGAGCUGAUGAAGCGCAUCCAGACCAGCAAGGAUCCCGGCAUUCGCGACACACUGUUACCUCUGCUGUACCGGUCAGGUUGUCUGUUGUUCAAUCGCAGCCACUUGUCUACUAUCAUGGAAUACUCGAGGUCAGACAAAGACGGCAUGGGAGCGGCGGCCCAUGAAAUCCUGACCGAGAUAUCUCAGCGGAACCCGGACCUAUUCAAGACACACAUCGGACAGCUUUGCAAGGAUCUGGUUGAUCAGGCUCCCACAGCGACGCAGGUGAAUGAUCCUGCAGUUGUCCAGACCUUGAAGGCCUGCUCUGCAUACGCUCAGAAGUACCCCAAGGAUGUGCCGGUGGACAGGGAGUUCAGGCGGACCAUGAUCAGUUAUGCCCUCUACGGCCAGCCAUCAAGAGCCGCCAAGUAUGCGGUGAACAUACUGCUCGCCAAAAAGGACGAUAACAGCAUGAUCAGCGCGACCGACCUUCUCACAAAGACUCUGAAAGACUGGACAUAUGGGUCAAAAACUUUUCUAAAUAAGCUUGCCGUCGUGGGCCUGCUUGAGCUCCUCGCGCCCAAGGUCACCGAAGAUGCGGAAGAUAAGAUUCUGAACAUGGCGGUCCAGCAAGUGCUUCUCGAGACGCGGACGGACGCCAGUGACGGCGACGAAGAUUGGGUUGACGAUGCACGGCUGGACGAGGAAUGCCAAGCCAAAUGUCUGGCUCUCAAGAUUCUCGCGAACAGGUUGAGGAGUAUGGACGACAUUGACGAGGCGAAGGAGAAGGCGAAACCAGUCUGGAAACUCUUCAUGAAGUUGAUAAGGUCGAAGGGGGAGCUUUCCAAGACCAAGGAGACGCCCAAGCACCACAGGUCACGGUUGAGACUGCUUGCGGCACAGCUGCUUCUCAAGCUGUGCAGGCUGAAGCAUUUUGACGAGAUGCUCUCCGCUGAAGACUUUGACGCCCUCGCUCUCACGACCCAAGAUGCUGUCCAAGAGGUCCGUCACGGGUUUGUCCGGAAACUGCAAAAGUACCUCGCAGAUAACAAGUUGCGGUCUCGGUUCUACACCAUCGUCUUCCUGAUGGCGUUUGAGCCGAGCGCGGAGUUCAAGCAGCGGACCGAGACUUGGAUCCGAUCGCGGGCGCGCCAAUUUCAGGAGAACAAGCAGCCCGUGCUCGAGGCCGUCAUGGCACGACUCCUAUCUCUCCUCGCGCACCAUCCUGACUACAGCGCAGAUUUGGAUGAAUUGGUCGACCACGCCCGGUACCUACUCUUCUAUGUGAGCCUUGUCGCGACGGAAUCCAACCUGGGCCUGAUCUACAAGUACGCCGAGCGAGUUAAGCAGACACAAGAUGCGCUAGACUCGGGUAGCGAUAAGCACCAGGUGUUGAGCGAUCUGGCGCAAGCGGUCAUCCGGAAAUGGCAGGAAAAGAAGAACUGGGUGUUCAAAGUCUAUCCGGGCAAGGUCGGGUUGCCGGUCGGCCUGUAUACGGCGCUCAGGUCGCACGACGAGGCGCAGGCCAUUGCGGAGAAGCAGUUCGUGCCAGACGGGAUUGAUGAGAAGCUUGACGAACUCCUCAGGGCGAUGGAUCGCAAGAAGAAGCGCAAAUCCGUUGACGACCGCGCGGAAUCCAACCAAGCCUCCAAGAAGGCGCGCAUCCAAUCCAGAACCUCCACCCAGCCAAAGGAAUCCAAAGCCGCAGCGAAGGGCGCAGCUCACAAGAAAUCCAGGGCUACCCCGAAGACGAAGAAGACUGCCUCGAGCAAAGCAAAGAAAGCACUCUGA